AUGGAGAAUUUUAUUGCACACUUUAAUGCUUUGGAGUCGCAAUCUACUGCAGAAAUUGCCCGCUUAGAGGAGCUGCGACGAAGUAAUGCUAUGAAGCAGGAAGUCAUCGCCAAUAUGAAAAGAGAACUUGCAAGAUACAAUGAGUUGGAUCAACGACAGAAUGAAAAACGUGAAAAUUUUGAGUGUCAACGCAAGGUUACGAUGGAGAAUGUUACUGCAAAUCUUUCUCGCGCCAAAACGUUGUCAACUGAAUUGGAAUCUUUAGAUUUGGAUUGUGCUAAUCAACUGUUGAACAGGGAUGAAGUUCGUACGAAAUUGGAUGGUUUGAGAACACAAAUGGCAAGAAUUGGCGAGACUGAGAAAAGACUGCGUAGUGAUGUUUAUGACCUUAAGCAACCCCCAGGAGCAGUAGCAGCUGAUCUUAUCACAGAAAUGCGAACAAAGCAAGCGGUCAUUCGAAAAGAAAUAUCGGAUCGAAUGGCGUCGUUUGACCUAACAGCAAUUGUUGCGGAGGUUCAGGCGAUUGAAAGUCAACGCAAACAAAGACUUGAAUUGUCAAAAGAGCUUGCAGCAAAGUCUGAAAUUCUGUCUAAUUUGGAUGCUGACAAUGAGGCAUUAGCUUCUCAUUUGCAAGAACUUCAGACUGAAUUCUCAACACUGCAGGAAGAGAAGGAGAAGGUUACCAAGCAAAAUGAGGAUAACGCUAGACGUCUGAACGAUAUGGAAUUAGAAAAAGAAGAGCUUAUUAAGACAUCAGAAUCACUUGCAUGUGAACUUGAGGAAAUAAGGAGCCAAGCAACCAUUCAGAAGCAAAAGCAGGCUGAAAUCGACGAGAAAAUAUCAUCGGCCAAGCGUGCAUUAGAAGAAAUGAAAGCAGAGGUUUUAUGUAAAGAAGAAGCCCUUAGAAGGUUGAAGGAACAACGCGAAAGCAGGGAAGCGCAGAUGGCAAUUGAGCUAGAGAAUAUGACAAACGACUUCCAACAACAAUUUGACAUAUUAUCGAAACAACGGGACACUUAUGUCAAAGCUUGUGAAGACGCCCGAGCAGAGAUUGAGAAAUGGAAAAGCUAUGAACGUUUUAUCGUCAUGUACGAGGAGCGUUGUCGUAAAGUAGCCGAAGCGCAAGAAAAGUUGUCAAAGUUAAAGGAACAUCAUAGAAAUCUGCUCAGAAAGGUGGAAGAAAAAAAGAAAAAAGAUCAACAGGCAAACACGGAAAAACUCGAUGCUGAUAUUAUGGAGGAAGAGAGGAAGGUUGAUGAUUUGCAAAACAAAAUUUUCGAUAUCGACGGCGAAAUUUGUCUGUUGAAAUACCAAGUUCCAGUGAUUGUAAUUUCAAUGGAUGCCGAUAUAUAUUUGUAUAGGAAAGUGCGCAGAAAAAGUCCACUCAGGCAGGAGAUAGGGCCGAGAAUUCAACAUCAGGAAAACAAAAGUUUAACGAAAGGCAAAGACAACGUCGCCGUGGGAAGGAUUAUUAAGGAGCCAACUAGGAAGGCUGUAAAUGGGACUGAGCAACAAUUGAAUAGAUUCUCUAUGGAGGAAAAAAAAUCAGAUAGUCGUAUCGCACGGAAAGAAAAGGAGUUGAAGAACCAACGGGUUGCCUCAUUAAGGAAGGAGAAACAUGGACUACAGCAGCACUCGAGCGAAGAAGCGAAUAACAGAAUCGAAUGCAUUGAGAAAAAGAACGAGAUGAACAAAGCCGUUAAGGAAAAAGACUCCAAUACAGCCUUUAAAUUAGAGCGAGACAUUACAGUCAAUCUGGAUGAUAGCGUGGUAUUAGAGGACGACGGUGGCGAUUUAUUGGGCCGCGCUGAGAAUGUUGCACAUAACAAAUCUUCUGAGCUAAGAACCAGUACUGCAAACACAACACUAGAGACCGAUGUUGCCCAGAGGCUGUAA